GCUGCACACGCCAUUUUACACAGCCGCAACAGUGUCUUAACGACCAUCACCGUCCAGAGUCCGACGGUGGACGCAGAAAUUCACGGUUUUACCAACAAUAUUUCGCGUCGUCGCGAUUAUCUUUAAUGCGUUUAAAUAAAUCGACGGUACACGUAGAAGAUAGGCUGCUUUUUAUGUUUUUCAUUUCAUUCAAAUCGUCAAUACGAUUUCUGGUUCAGGUAGCUUCACGCUUGCGUUAUUCGCCGAACAAUUAUUGCACGAAUCGUUGUUUAUUCGCCGAACAUCUGGUACUACUAUUACUACUAUUACUAUUUGAAUAGUCGGUCGAAAAUUAUCUAUUUCUUGUCGGUAAAUGUGAUGUUUGCCGUCGAGUAUUAUUGAUGUAUUUGGGAUAUUAUGAUCGUCUAGCAAAUAUUCGGCAAUCGGCGAAUAUCGAAUGUGCGGACUUCUCGAGCGAAGCGGAGAUAUUUAUUUCGUCGUCAUUCUUUGGUGACACUCGUUUUUCCGUCCUCGUGGAUUACCACUGUCACCAUCAUUCACUUUAAACGGUUUUUUCUUUGUUCAUAUUAGCGGCGUAUACGCGCUACGGUCCAUCGAGCAUGCCAAGAAGACAAUACCGCAAGUAGUGGUAAUCAUGUAGAAAUGCUUAUGUGGUUAACAGAUCCAUGCCGAUACGAUCGUUGGACGAGACCAUCGCCAACGGACAGUAAUGGUAAAACUGGUGGUCCUACACGAGUGUUCACUCGAGUAUAUGUAUACUUUUUGGGAUCAGUUGAGGCACAACAGUUGCAUUUUACGGCUCAUAUAUUGAUACGAUAUCGGUGGCGGGAUGAUCGACUUGUACAUUCUUCUUCCAAGUCCUCUAUACAGGGUGAGAACAAACUUAAGGAACGAGUUUGGAUUCCGCAUGUGUACAUCGUUAAUGAACACGAUUCGAACAUCAUGGGUUCCGGCCGCCAAGAUAUACUAGUAACGGUUCAACCAGAUGGAACAGUUUUAUAUUCAGCUAGGUUAAAAGUGUCGUUAUUAUGCAUGAUGAACUUACAAAAAUUUCCAUUUGAUGAACAAACAUGCCCAUUGAUAUUGGAAAGCUGGACUUACAACAAUACCCAUUUGGAAUUAGUCUGGGAACACGAUUCCCCUGCGGUACUGAAUAGCAACUUGCGAAUGACUGAAUAUAACUUAGUGUCCAUUUGGACAAAUGCAACCGUCAGUGAAUAUGCACUGACAAAAUCAACACCAAUAGAUGAAAAUUAUAAAAAUAAAGGAUAUUCACCUUCAGUCAUUGAACAUGUACAUUACUAUGGAAAAUUUGCUGGAAACUAUAGUCAAUUAAUAGUAAACUUUGAGUUAGAACGUGAAGUUGGUCAUUACAUAAUGGACUAUUACGUACCAAGUAUCAUGCUGGUAGUUGUAUCAUGGGUAUCGUUUUGGUUAGAUCCAAAUGCAGUACCUGGUCGCACAACAUUAGGAACUAGUACAAUGCUCACAUUCAUUACAUUAUCAAGAAACACAGGUAGCUCGCUACCUAAAGUUUCUUAUAUCAAAGCUACUGAGAUAUGGUUCAUUGUAUGCACAGCAUUUAUAUUUGGAUCAUUGGUCGAGUUUGCAUUUGUCAACACCAUAUGGAGACGAAAAAAAAACGUGGAACUAAAAAAAGUCAAUAGUAAACAUAUUUUUAAGUCAACUUUAACGCCUCAAAUGCAACGGAAGUUAUCUAUUGACAGCGGUAUUGACAAAGGAACGAUUAGUGGAAAGUUAAGUAGAAGAGAAAAUAAAUCCAAAAGUCUUCUAUCUGUUGGUGAUCUAGACCCUGUUGUUUGUCCCCAUCCAGAACCACUUGAAAAUUUUAGUAUUCGUGUACCAACAUUAAAUGACAAUAAAACUAGCGUAGGUGGUGGUCUGUUUACGUUGACUCCGCAAGAAAUUGCUCAAUGGAUCGACCAACGCAGUCGUAUUGCAUUUCCUGCAGCAUUUCUCGUAUUUAAUUGUUUUUAUUGGCUAUAUGUAUAUCUUUAAGUCGUUACAAAAUGUCAAUUUUUUAUUUUAAAUGUUUUGUACAUUAUUUAACAGUGUUAUAUAAUUUUAUAAUUUGUAAGAUAUCUAGUCUUCAUAAAAUACGAUGGCGUU